UGGGGGUCAUCUAUAUAAGAAAAUUGUACUCCAUAUCUAGUUCUUCAUCCAAAAGCUGAAAUCACUUUUAAUCAACUUUCACUUGCAAUAAGCUACUAGCCUACUACUACGAGUACUACUACUACUACUUAGAAUCAAUCUUUGAAUAUGGGUUCGACAAGCAAAGCCUGGAUGGUUGCUGUUAGUGUUGGUGUUGUUGAAGCACUGAAAGAUCAAGCUGGAAUGUGCAGAUGGAAUUAUGCUCUCAGAUCCAUCCAUCAGUACACUAAAACCAGAGUUAAAUCAUCUAUAUCUCAAGCAACUUCUUCUGUUAUUCCAGAGAAGGUUAUGAUGAUGAAGCGGCAGAGAGAUCAUGAGAUGAAGCAAUCCGAAGAAUCACUUAGAAAAGUUAUGUAUUUGAGUUGUUGGGGACCAAAUUAAAAUUCUUAAACCCCAAAGUCUAGCUCAGAAGAUCAAAUGGAUCUUAUCUGAGUUAUGUGUUAAUUAGUGCAUGUAGUUGUAUAUAAAUGAAAUUCUUAUCACAAAUUUCCUAAUCUUUUUAUUCUAA